AGGACAAGAAGUAUUUUUUUGCAGAUUAAAAAAUAUUAUUUGUUAUUUAUCAAUAAUUUAAAAACAAAUAGAAUGAUUGGACCAUCAGAGACAGCUGGUAAGACCACUGAGAAUCAGUGUUGUCUCUCUUCCAAGAGGAAGAUCUUUGAUGAACUGGACAUUGAUAGCUAUUGUGAGGAAAUUCCUCAGACAAAUCAUAAACGUUGUCUUCAAGAACUUGACAGGCCAGUAGAGCUGGUCACCACAUCAAAUGAAAUUAUUACCAAUGCAACAGCUCUUUUCUCACCAAUGUCUGGUCAGGAAGUUUUUGAGGAACCAGUGACACGCCUGGAAGUACUAUUGGUGGAUGGUACUAACUGUACCUGGACAACUGUAUCAGAGUUGGAACAACAGCAGAAUCUUGAUGUACUUGUUACCUCAUCUUCUUCCUCAUUAUCAUCACCAUCGGUUACUUCCUCUGGAUGUACCGAUCAUUAUACUACAGAAACUUAUAUUGUGGAGGAAGCCAAACAUCAAUCGUCUAAAAAUUACUGGGAACCAGUUGCUGCGCCUACAUUAUUAUUCACUAAUUCCAAUAUGCAACAAUACAAAAACCAUACAUCAAACAAUUAUCAGCAACAACAGCAGCAGCAGCAGCAGCAGCAAUUUGAGGAUCAAGAGAACGGCAACUUGUCGUGGCUGUUGGACUUUAAACUGGAUUCAUUUAUCGAAGCCGCAGACAGACCUACUAUGGGAUCAGUGAUGACAAAAGACAAUCAUUGUGGUAACAAAAACAAACCGAACGGGCGUUUAAAUAAUUCCAAUGGAAAAGAAGUUCGAAGAGGACAACACGGCAAUCAUGAAAAUUUGUCGAUGUACAAACAUGACGCGAAUCAGGCUACGUAUCACAUCAACGAAAUCAAUACUGGGAAUCUCUCGUCUUCGCGAUCAAACGGAUUGAAGAAACCUCCUUUUACUUACACCGAAUUGAUAGAGCACGCUUUGCAGGAAAGAGGCGAGCUCACCGUUUCUGCGAUAUAUCAAUGGAUUUCAGAGCAUUUUCCUUAUUAUAAGAGCAACGACGAUCGUUGGAAGAAUUCUGUUCGGCACAAUCUGUCAAUAAAUCCGCACUUUCGAAAAGGAUCGAAAGCACCUCACGGUGCCGGCCAUCUCUGGGCGAUCGCGAACCGCAGCGAUUGCAGACCUCGUCCGCUCGACGUUAACGUUCUGACGGCCACCGCGCGACAAGUCGCGCAAAACGUUCCCGACGAAUCGCGGAGCAAUGAGAAUGUCGUCUGCGAAAGUAUGGCUGAGGUGGAGAUUGCGACGGCGAGCAUCGCGCAGCCAAAUUACGAGGACAACGACAUUCCUAACGAUAACAUUUCUAACGAUAUCACUUCUGUGACACUCGAGGAUUCCGCUGAGCAAAUACUCAAUGGAGUGAAACGCGAGGUGGAGGUGCAAUAUCUGGUUCCCAUGGCGGUGACUGACGCCGAUCACGAGAUGAAUCAACAGAACCAUGAGAUCGCACAAGAAACGGAACUUCAAUGUUUCUUCAAGGAAACCGAUUUCCUGCAUACGGUGUCCAAAGAAGACGUUGCCGUGGAAUGCGGGCUGAGCGAGGAAUACGUGGUUACGGAUCUGAAUCCGAACGCUUUGGGAUUAAAUCUGGUCGAUCCCGAUAUCAUCGAGCCGGAAAAUCUCUUUGGCGAGGAGUUGAGUUUUCAGUUUUACGAAUUGACAUCGUCGCAGUUGCAAUCCGCUUGACACACGGAAGGCAACAAGAUACAUUUUGUCGUGAUCGAUGAGAUUCAAAUACAGAACGCGCGGCCGCGCACCAACGACGAUGACGAUCCGCGUUCAAUCUGCGAUGAUGUUGCCGAGAAAAAAGUUUCGGAGCGAAAAAAUCCACAAAUAAAAUUACCUGUCAAUGGCGGUCAAGAUAAUGAGGCGACAAUGAGAAGCUGAUCUCGUUCGAAUCGUUUUAUCGAGAAACUUUUGUGACGACGAUAAGAACAUUUGAUUAUUUUAUAGCGACACGAUCGCUAACAGACAGAAUAGUCAAAUCGAUUAAUGACAGAAGUCAGUCGAUUAAUUGAUAAAAAAAAAGCUUUUCGGGUAAGUAAUGAAUCAAGCGUGAUGUGUAAGAAAAGAAACUUGCGCAUGUCUUUUAUGAAUUUGAUACGCGGCAAUAUUGAUAACUGAUUGUGCUAAUUACUACAAAAAAAAAAAAAAAAAAAAACUUUAGCAUGGUUAAAACGAAGCUUCCGAGAUCAACAAUGUAAUCGCAUAUUUGUCCAACAUGUGCCUGGUUAUGUGUCUUAAACGAAUGUCAUUUAUCAAAUAUUAAUUUAGAAUUUCUUCUAGUCUUUUGUGAAACAAGAGUGAAUGUAUAGGUAUGUGUAUGUAACGUUUUUUGUAUUAGUAAAGAGAAAGUACAAUAUAUA